CAUUUGGCAGUGAGAUGCUGAGCUGUUGGGGUGUGUGGCUGGUCCUCUGUCCCAGGGACUAGUCUCAGAGACAGCGGCUGCUCCCAGAGCCCGGGCUGGACGUGCCAACAGGGACAGCAUGGAGUCCAAUUGUAAUGACGAUAGUGAGACCCCAUGGCCAAACUUAACACCACGGCAUAGAGAGCUUGUACCCACACCGUGUGGUCCAAUGAAACAAUGUUCGGAAUUAUCUUGUUUCGAGAAGGUAUUUGUUGCUGCAACAAUCAUCUCUCUCAUUGCCAUGUUGGUCGUGACAAUCCUAAGUAUUGUAAUUCAGGUGAAAGAUGGUAGUAAAGAUCCAACCCAGGAAGACUUCACCAUCUCAUUGAUACAGCUCAUUGGGAUAGUGUUCUGCUUUUACUAUGUGCUGCAUGGGAUUUUCCAGGAAAAUCGCCAGGAGCUAAUUGCAUUUGUCCUCUCCAUUUUAUUCGUUGUGAUCCGAUCUGUGGUGAACUUUGCUUCAGCGACACCAAUGGAAAGAGCGGAACUGCAGAUACGAUUCGGUUUCAUUUUGACAUUUGGCGUGUUCCUGAUGCUGAUCAGUAUCAUCUACCUGAUUAAGAGUCCCAACAUGAUGGCUUUCAGAGUGAGUGGAGCCUUUGAAACAUCCCAGUCACAGUACCUCAUGGUGUUUCUCUGCUUCUCUAUGGUGACAUUUGAUCUUCAAACGCAGCUGUGUCUCUGUGUACUUGUCUUGACCUCAGGAGCAAGUCAUAUUUCACUUGAACAUUCGGUCAUCCUGGGCGUGGGCAUCUGCUGGGCUGUUUUAAAAGCAGUCGUUGGCCUCAUAGCUAUUCUAAAGGAAAUUAAGUGUCUAGUCUGGAUCUUUAUGAUACAAAAUCUCCCUGAACUGGCCUACCUGGGUUAUUUACUGUACCUGGUUAUCUCCGAAUGGGGAUUAAAUGGAACUUACGUUCUGGAAGCUGGUGCAGUGACUGGUGCGACACUUUCUGUUAUCAUCAAAGCUGUCCUUGGUUGCUCAAUGAUCAAGGUUUCCCGCUGUUUCGGACAGGGUCUACACGAAAGAAUGUUUAAUCCCACGGAAGCAUCGCCGUAGGCUUGGGAUAUCUGUAAAGGUUCUUUAUCAGUGCCAUAACCUAGCAACUGCCUUCGCACUUUUCCGGAUGAUAUUAUUGAAUCUUCCCUUGAAAAGAGAUGAAGACAAUGGAUGUGGAGCAAUGUGUAUAGCAGUAAUGAACAUUUCUAUUUUUAUAUCAUAAAAUUUAUAUAAAGCGCUAAUUUCUGAAGCUGAAAAUUUGAGAACUGGUAUAUAGUUUGUUGGAAUAACUGAGACAUUAUUGAAUAUUUACAUUUUGACAUCUUAUUUUGUUGAUAUAUUCAGAGCUUGAUAUAUAUUGUACUGCACAUCUUUGAACAGAACUAUCAGGGUUGUCAAAUUCAAAACUGUGGUUACAUUUGGAGUUAUAAUCAGUUCAUUCCAGUCAGAACUGAGCAUGAUUGAAUUUGUCGAUUAUGAAAUUAAUUAACAGAAUGGAGCUAAUUAUUCUUUGUUAAUAAUUGAAGCCAUGUUAAUUUAAGGUAGCAGGAUAAGUCCAGGGACAAAUAUCCCACACUCACUCCUUAAGUUGCAGCCCAUAAAACACACAAUUGACAAUUUACAAUAAAUAUUGUCAUUGGAAUCCCAUAAUUUUGUAUGAAAUGACUGUCAGCACUAAGUGGCUUAACAGUGAUGCUAAAUUAUUGAACACAAUAAUAUUGAUUUGCUAAUACUGCAAUGAGUAAUUUGGUGUUUCCUGUUGAAUUACCUUUGAAUAAUUGUAGUUUCAUUUGCUGCCAUUGCUGGCUACCUGUAUUCACUGGGCUCAAGGUGGAUGAGAGUGUAAUCAGUUUACAGGACUUGGAAUUUUCCAAGUGAACAGACACUGGGAACAAAAGCAGGAGGAUCCCAUAAAUACCCACACUGGGUGGGGUAUCAGUUACAGGACACUUUUCCUGAUGCUGGAUGGUUUGACAGAGAUGGGUUGAAAGCCUGGCAAAAGCUGGCAUUUCCCAGAGGCGAGCUCUUCCAGAGCAUUGUUGAAAGUGAAUUUAGGAGGUUGACUGGGAUUCUUGGCUGUGCUGAGGGUAAACAUACUACCUGGAGGCAGCAGGCCAAGACAGUGUCAGGACAGUAGACCAUCCCCACUCACCUGGGUGGAAGUAGAGCUGAAAGCACAUCCACUAUGGAGAGGCGAAUGCUCUGGGUUCAGGUACAUAAUUCUUUGCAAGUUGUGUCACUGGUAGACAAACUGAUUACAAAGGUGUUUAGCACACUAGCCUUCAAUGCUCAGACCACUGAGUACAGGAGUUGAGAGGUCAUGUUGUGGUUGUAUGGGGUGUUGAUGAGGCCACUUUUGAAGUACUGUGCAUAAUUCUGGUCGACCUGUUAUAUGGACAACAUUAUUAAACUGGAGAGGGUUCAGAAAAGAUUUCCAAGGAGGUUCCCAGGAUGGGACGGUAUGAGUUAUAAGGAGAGGCUGGAUAAACUGGGAUUUUUCUCACUGGAGUUUGAGGGGGUGACCUUAUUGAGGUUCAUAAAAUCAUGAGGGACAUAGACAAAAUGAAUAGCAAAGGUCUUUUCCUUAAGGUAGGGGAGUUUAAAAUUAGAGGGCAUAUUUCUAAGGUGAGAGAAUAAAAGAUUAAAAGGAACAUGAGAGGUAACAUUUUCACUCAGAGGGUAGUUCUUAUGUGGAAUGAAUUGCCAGAAGAAGUGGUAAAUGCAGGUACAGUUACAACAUUUAAAAGACAUUUGGGCAGGUAUAUGAAUAAGAAAGGGCUAGAGGGAUAUGGGCCAAAUGCAGGCAAUAAAUUUAAGGUGGAGGGAAAUAGCUCUUUGGUCUCUUGGGAAUCAAGAGAUUAUAGUGAGCGGGUGGGAAAUUGGAGGUGAGGUAGAGGUCAACCAUGAUCGAUGGCCCGAAUGGCCUCCUGCUCUGAUCCCUUGUGUUCUUGUUGAAGCCCCUCCCAGACCUACACCUUCUCCUGCAACCCAGUGCACCUCUGAAACCCAAAGUGGCCACAGAUCACUGCUUCACGGUGAAUGUACAACUGCCUCAAACUGCCCAACUUUGAAGAUUUUGCCAAUAAAUUCCAGAACAUGUGAUGGAGGGAUUUUGCUAGAGAUUCGAUCAUAUUGAUAUCGAGACAUUGCACCUUUACCUGCAGUGUUGUGGGAUGGGGGGAGUAGAGAUUGAGACUGAAGCCUUUAAAGGGCUGCAGGUUUUCCUAAUGUGCAGAUAUAAGGCCUCCAUUCAGAGGGCAGUCAGUGUCUGUGACUGUUUACUUGACUGAACAAUAUCUGCCCUAAGUAUUUGUGGUUUCUCCUAGGGCUAGCAUGGGAAUGCUGGCCCGAGUUCAUGGGAUAGCAUUGGAAAGUUAACCUCCUACAGCUGAAGAAACCUUGCCUAGGAAGGUCAGAAAUUACUGUUUCCCCAAGUAAUGGCAUUGGACCAUUCAAUGGUGUUAAUAAUGAUGUGAGUUGGAUUUUAUUUCAUUUCCUUUUGUCAAUAAUUAAUUACUUGAUCAAGUAUUGAAUUUGUCUUAUCUUUAUGCAUUAUUUUCAACGAUAAAUCACUGAGCUUGGGGUUUUUGUGAUUUAGUGAAUUGACUGAGUGUUUAAAAAGAAGAGGAACAAGGCAGAUGUUCCCUUUGGACCAUCCGGAAUUGAUUGACCUCUGUUAAAUUAGCACAAUGUUCAUUUUUACUUUGUUCAAUACCGUACAUCUAAUUCAAUAUAAAGAUUCCAAAUCUGAACAAUUGCACUCACCUUAUUCCAAAUAAAUUACCAUUUUAAGGCGUCAAGUGACUGAUGCGAAGAAAAUGUAAGCAAAGGGGAAAAGUCACACUCGAGCUGCUCAGUGUAUGUUUGACAAGUUCCUCAUUGUGUUGUGUUCAUCCAGCCUGGGAUAGGUUAAUGCACUAAAUCCAUGCACGAAUGGUCCUGGAUUCUUCCCUUGAUAUUCUCAAUAUUGUGUCUGUACACACCUGAAAAUACUGGGCAUCAUUGAAAAAGGCACAUAACUGUCUUGGGAUAAAUAACUUCAAACAUUUUCCAGGAUUACAUUUCACUUUGGUUUUGGAUCUAGUGUCAGAUUCAUUCUCUCAGCUGGGGAAUCAUUGACUCAGGGAAUGUUUCCAGCCAGUCCCACUCUCAAUGACCUCUCCCUUGUCAAUUCCCACUCUUCAGACGCUCGUCUGGUUAUCUCUGAAAGUCACAAUUAACUCAGCAACCGCCACUUCUAGAUACUGGGUAAAUGUCUCUCAUCAUCUUGCCAAUCCCCUUAAAUUGAAAUCCCAUCAUCCUCUCCCUUUCCACCAAUGUUUCUCUUUGUCCACUCUGCCCAGGCCCCUGACGAUUUUAAACAACCCCAACAAGUCUCCUCUUAGGUUUCUCAAUGUAACUGAAACCCUUCAUCUUUCAGAGGGAAGGUGGGGGUCUCAGGGGAACUGCCCAGAAGUAAACCAUGUUUUGGGGUCGGGGGUGGGGGGGCCAUAAAACUCAUUGAAAAGACACAUGGAGACAAACACUGGGAGUCAAUCUGCUGACUGGCUGCAUCACUAACUACUGAGUCACGGAACAAUGGAUCAUGUAAGGUCCUGCUCCUGGUGUGGAACCUCACCGUACUGGAGCAAGAUCAUACACACAGUAACACACAAUAACAUGGUUCAAGGGGAUUCCAGCCUGGACACUCUGGUCUGGAGUCACGCAUCAGGAAUUUCUGAACCAGUCCACAUCAUCUCCCUCACUACUGGGAGAUAUAAAUGUUAAAAGCGAAUGUAGCAGAUAAGAAUUAAACUAUACUAAGAAGAGUUCUAGCUUUGUGUUGAUCAAGUGUUACUAUUAUAUUGGGACCUGAAUUUGAGUAAAAUUCACCUCCAUAACUUGUUGAAAUGCUUUGCCUAGCCACUUUGUAAAAGAAUGU